AUGAUGCGAGGCACCAGUUGCUCCGUUACAUGGCUUAUGAUACAUCGUGCUCAUCGUGAUGCUGGAAAAUCCGAUUGUGCAGUCUCGGGACUAGCAGCCAUUGGAAGUCUAUUCUGGUUUCAUCAUAUCACGGACAGCGGAGAUUGGGCGCGAGCUUUUGUCAAGAUGGAGCAACACAACUCCGAGGAUCCUAACAAGAUCUCGGCUAUCCUGAGAGCAAUGAUUGUGGAUGGAGCAAAGCAGGACCCUGUUCCCUUUGUUGAUUCCUUCCGAGGAGAAUUUUCUAGUGUACCCGACGACAACAUGGAUGAUUCAGAUUCAGAUUCAGAUGAUCGUACCCGGUCCGAUUAG